UUCACACUAAUCCUUCACGAAAACAAAGCUUUUCGAAGACGCUCUUCAAACCGGAGGAAUUUGGAAACGACAACUUUGCGUUUCAGCGUGGAGGGAAAACAUUUUGAGAGCGGCGCUUUUCGAAAACGAAAGUUGCCCGAGUUUUGCUCAACCACAAAUCCAAAAUGAGCGGUUAAUGUUGCGUUUUCAAAAUCCUCCGGUGUAGUGUGGACGGGAAUAGGUUCUAACAUGUUGCAAAUUUUGCGAUCUUUUGUAAUAAAAACAGACCACGUGAGCGCAGUAUAUUGAUUACGCAACAGUCGUUUUUUAUAUAAACAUUACGUAAAUCUGACGCUUUCACGUCAAUCACGUGCAUGGAAUUCCGCCAAAUUUUUGAGGCUAAAUCCUGUUUUAACUUCAGUUAAACCGUAUGCAAAGGAAUAUCUCGUCAGUCCACGGUUCCUUUGCAACAUGGCUUCAGUGAAUCCAAACAUAUUGUAUAAAUACGAGUCCAUGCGAGUGAAAUGGUCCAGAUGUUUCGAAGAAGAAAAUCCUCGGGUUGCUCGCUCGAUAAAGAAUUUCUUCCAAUAUUUUUAUAGAAAUCAUAGAAAUUUCAAGUUUGUUGUGGGCGAAAUGUUUGAUGGUACAGUUCAUCUCCUGGUCAAGCCACGCAACUACCGUCAAAUCAAGGACGAGAUUGAAGAACAAAUUGAAGAGACCUUGCCAGAAGUCGCUGAGAUCAGAGACGCAACUGUUCUAAGGAAACGAAAGACAUUUCAAGAUUUCCAGUCGUUCAAGGAUUUUUGCAAUUUACUAAGAGAUGAAAACAGUGAAAUCUUCAGGAGGAAAAAAGAGGAAGCAAGAAAGAGUGUGAAAAAGUUACGGAGGACCCUCAAAGGCAAAUCACAAGCGCUUGUUCUGGCAUUUGACCUUGAAGUCUACGAGCACGAUCACAAUAUCAUUCUGGAGAUCGGCUAUGCAAUGACCACAUUAGACAACCCGGAAGAUGAUCUACAAAUGUUUCAUUACAUCAUCAAAGAAAACCUUAGGUACGAAAACGGAGAUUGUGUUCCUGACAACAGAGACCACUUCAUGUUUGGUACCUCUAAGCGCAUGUCUCUCAAGAGGGCCGCUGCAAAGAUUCAAAAACACAUCGACGAGGCAGAUUUCUUAGUUGCUCAUUCUGCGGCUCACGAUGAAGAGUUCCUGGCCAACUGUGGUGUUUCCGUGUCAGAGAAACGCAUGUUUGAUACUCAGGUCCUCGCCAUGGCCUUACUGCCUGACGGCCCACCGCUGUACAGUCUCAAACGGUUGUUAACUGAUUUGGAAAUUCCGUUUGAUGAAGACGUUCUUCACAAUGGCGGUAAUGACGCGUACUAUACAAUGGAAGUAUUUCUCGCCCUUACAGAGUUCUAGAAGCAGGAUUCUGGCGUCCAUUGGACUUUGUAGGCCUCUUGUCAACUACUUAAUUGGAGACGAUUUUCCCUCUCCCUUCCCUGAAUAUUUGGGAUCUUUUACAAUGAUAUUAAAACAGUGAUUCCAUUAAAAAAAUAAUUUGUAUUUUAUAGGAUACUAUAAAUUGGCAUUUUAUAGGAAGUAAAAAUUAACUAGAUUUUCGUUUUUAUAUCGCUUAAAGAAGUAGCUCUAACUAAAUACAUAUAUUAUAUAUAUAACUGAAAAUUUGACGUCACUGCUCACGUUGUUGCAGAUACGCUGUAUUUGGUGAGUUUUCAUCUUUGUACGAUUUAUAUGUUUUGCUACAGCCCUGAGAGCUAUAUAUGGUCACUUUCAGUUCAGUGAGAUUUUAUGGCUGUAAAAUCAAGUUCUCGAAUAAAAUUUGUCGAAUAGUUUACAUGUAACUGUACAGGCCGCAAAGAGUAAGAAACCAGGUCACGUGACCUCAUCAGUCUCUGUAUUCGAGUAACCAAACUAUAUAUUUGUGGAGAUCUUUGUAUCACAAUUUAU